GCAGACUCUGCAUCGGCUCCUGCAGCACAGCCCGGACCAGUGUGACUCUACCUGAGCUCAGCCCAAACCUCCGCUUUAACUAAUCAUCAAUAGAAGUUCCCCGACGUAAAGACAAUGACAGAAGGGGACAACAGGCCAGGAGAAGACCGAGCGGAGCGGGGCGAGGAGCCCGCCGGGGCUCCAGCAGAGGAGAGGAAGGAGAACGGGGACAGCAAGAUGACCGUCCCGGAGCCGAGCGCGGGGGCUCAGGAGGUGGAGUUCGUGCACCCAGAGGGUGGCUGGGGCUGGGUGGUGAUGCUGGCCGCAAUGUGGUGUAACGGCUCGGUGUUCGGGAUCCAGAACGCCUUCGGAAUCCUCUUCCUCUCGCUGCUCCGGGAGUUCGGCUCUGAGGACGACGCUGACCUCGGCUUCAAGACAGCGUGGGUGGGCUCCCUCUCCAUGGGGAUGAUCUUCUUCUGCUCUCCCAUCGUCAGUGUCUUCACCGACAUCCUCGGCUGCAGAGUAACGGCAGUGGGGGGGGCAGCUGUUGGGCUGGUUGGCCUGCUGGCCAGCUCAUUUGUCACGUCCCUGGGCCCCCUGUAUUUCACCUAUGGCAUUGUGUUCGCCUGUGGCUGCUCUUUCGCCUACCAGCCCAGCCUGGUCAUCCUGGGCCACUACUUCAAGAAGCGGCUGGGUCUAGUGAACGGCAUCGUGACGGCGGGCAGCAGCCUCUUCACCAUCACGCUGCCCUUCGUGCUGUCGGGUCUGCUGGAGCGGGUGGGCCUGCAGAACACCAUGAGGGUCCUCUGCAUCCUGAUGUUUGUGCUGAUGCUGGCCGGCUUCACCUACAGGCCCCUGCUGCCCGUCAAACCCGGCAACACCCGCACCGGCAGCCGCUUCCCCCCCUUGAGCAAGAUGUUCAACAUCCAUAUCUGGAAGUCUUUGGGAUAUCGCAUUUGGGCCUUCGGUAUCCCAGCAGCCCUCUACGGCUACUUUGUGCCUUAUGUUCACCUGAUGAAGCAUGUGGAGGAGCGUUUUGGAAAGGAGGCCAGUAAAGAAGUUCUGCUCAUGUGCAUCGGCAUCACAUCCGGUGUGGGCCGUCUCAUCUUCGGCAGGGCGGCAGACUACGUUAACGGAGUCAACAAAGUGUACCUACAGGUGGCCUCGUUCUUUGUCAUCGGCCUCAUGUCCAUGAUGAUUCCUCUGUGCAACAUCUUUGGGGGGCUGAUCGCCGUGUGCCUGCUGAUGGGACUGUUUGACGGCUGCUUCAUCUGCAUCAUGGCCCCCAUCGCCUUUGAGCUGGUCGGAGACAAAGAUGUCUCCCAGGCCAUCGGCUUCCUGCUGGGCCUGAUGUCCGUGCCCAUGACUGUGGGGCCCCCCAUCGCAGGGUUCCUGAGGGACAGACUGGGAAGCUACGACGUGGCCUUCUACCUGGCAGGUAUCCCCCCCAUCGUUGGAGGGGCCAUGCUGUGUCUGAUACCCUGGGUGGAGGCCAGGCGCAAGAGGAGGGAGAAGGAGGACGCCCUGAACAAAGAGCAGGAUGUCACUCAGAGGAUGAUGGAGCCUGAGAAGGCGGAGCCUGAGAAGGCGGAGCAAGAGGCACGAAGAAAAACUGGCGAGUCUGUCCUCUAAGUGACUAAAGUGACAGACUGACAGAGACACAGCUGGAUCAGCACCAAAGCAUGCCAAAGUGUUGAACCAUAUCAGAAAGAAUCCAAGGUGAAGUCCAGUUCCACAUGAAUGUGAUCCUGAAGAACUAUGCAUUAGAUCGUUUGACUGAGCUAGUCUAACAACAGAACAUUUGAGAAAACUGCUCAUUUCAUAUUUUCAUAACGUGCUUAUUACAAAUGUAAUGUCAAAGUUUAAAGCCACUGUAUCUACCAAAAACAGAUGUGGCAGUCUUAAGGGAAAGGCAGACUCAGGCCAGUCUUUACAAUCAGUUUUCAACACUACCACUUACACUUAGAAGAAAAAACACUUGAUUUGUCCUGAAGCCGCCAUCUUUAUCGUCUCCUGUUAACAACGUCUUAGAGCCAACAUUUAACACUGGGGGUGAUGUGGUCAUGGAAUUCAAAGGGACAGGCAGAGUGUGUGGGGUGGGGGCUGACUGGAUCCAGGAGCUCUGUGUGGCCCCACUCAGACCCUCAGGGGCCCCAGACCCUCAAGGUUCAGCGUUCACCAUGUCACAGUUAGCUUGUUGUAAUUCAUUCCACAUUAGUUUGGUAAUUGUGUAUGUACGCCAUAAACUGAAAUGAUAGGGGCCUUAAAGAGUCUUAAUAUAUGAUGUCCCCCAGUGUGUGUGACUUCAUCAUUUCAGUUUAUAUCGAGCUUAUAUGGUGUUUAUUCCUAUAUCAAAUUGUGAUAUAUGGAAUAAGCAUAACCUCCUGUGCCAGAGGAAGCUCAACAGAAACACUUCCACAACAGUACUAACAGUACCACUGUGUUAUCUGUUACUAUAUAAAGCCAGAAGGUUAGCUUAGCUUAGCAACCAGCCUGGGAACAGCUGGAGGAACAUCUCUAAGGCUCAGUGUGUUUGAUCUCAAAAUGAAUGUAAAGAUGUUAGUGCUGGUGUUCCUGAGGUUCAUGUGCCGGACUAUUACUGGGCGAGGAGCAAAGCUAAGCUCAUUUCCCCAUACCUUAACCCAUUGCUUUAACAAUAAAGACUCUUGUCCAGCGCACGCACCCAAGCGUUCAGAUAUGAACGUGAAUAUUGAUUCAUUAGAAACAUAUUGGCAUUUAGUUUGUGUAGACUGAGGGUGUUUCUCAAUGGCGAGUAAAGCUGCUUCAGAGCCACUAUUUCAAGCAUACUACGUCAUCGAGUGCCGCCGAAGUACUGUUCCAAUCUCCAGCAUACUUGGAAAUCUACCGAGCCCGGCGUACUCCGUUUGGAGAAAUAUCGAGGCUGCACAUGAGUAGACUCCGCGGUCUUAAAAUCCCCACAAUGCUUUGCGCACGGACCAAUUUCCAAAAUCUGUGGGGAAGAUGUUAGGCGGGGCCUCUCAUAUGACGCACACCUGCACACUUGCUAGCCUGUUCCACUCUUUGUUUUCCGAAUGCCAGGAAGUAUUCUUGACUCGCUUCUGAAGCACGAUGCUCGGCAGACAUGUGCUACCAAGCAAGCGUACUCGACAUUGAGAAACACCCCUUGUCUAUUCAUUGACAUUAAGCAGUAUUUCUUUGUUAAACACCAGUGUUGAGGUUUGUUUUGAAUGCUUUUUCUGUUUUACACUCUCAUCGUGUGACAUGGAUUCACAAUGUCGUGCCUUUGUUGUAAAGUCUCAUAUGUUUCAUGGUAUACAGUCCCCUCCAAGACUAUAGGAACAGCGAGGCCAAUAGCUUUAUUGGGGAGAAACCCCCUCAAACAACUGAAAGAGGCUCGGUGAAAGCCUGGAAGAGCAUCACAAAGAAGAAUGCAGACGUUUGGUGAUGUCAGUGGGUCGCAGGAUUGAUGCAAGCAAAGGAUUUACAACUAAGUACUAAGUAUUAUUCACUUUUCACACUUUUUGAAGUGUUCCUAUACUUUUGCUCACUUGGUAAAUGGGUGUGUUUAAACAAAAGGUGCUAUCUUCUCAGUUCACAGAUCUAGAUGUAAAUACCUGGAGUUAAAAGCUGAAGUACUGACCUUUUGUCUCAUCUUCAUCUUUUCAUGUCAAACCUAAUUGUUUUCAUUAUACAGCGAAAAUAAAGCAAUUGGCCUCGCUGCUCCACUCGUUUUGGAGGGGACUGGAUAAAGAACAUGAAGUUUGCUCUGUAGCUGACGCUGUCAAGGUCAUAACAAGUCAUCACCUGCUCGCGUCCUCUUUAAGGACCAAAAACACACCACCUUAUAAAAGGCCAUCACACAUUUACAGUAUGGUAUCAUUUGAAGCAUAAGUGGAAGUGAGGACAUGUGACUAAUCAUGGACUGUGACCAUCAGUCAGUGAAGGCAGUUAAUCAUUAUCUCUGUGCCCGGUUCUAGCCGUUAAUAGAAAGGGAUUUGUUUUAUGUUUUCACAUUGUAUUUAUUUCUUGUUUUUUGUGGAGAAUGUCAUGCUGUAAUUGACGGGCAUUUGCCUAAAGCCUUGAUUUAUUCUAGUGAAGACCAAAAUGUAGUGGAAUGAAAGAGUGUUAAUGCUGUUGGCGUAGUGUCUGUGUUGACUGGCAGAUGAUUGUGGAGAGCUUUGUGAGUCCAUGGUGUUUCCUCUACCUCAGAUGUUGUAAAUGUGUAGAGCUCUGUUCCUCCACCACAGCAGCGUGACUCGACUAACCCAAAUGAGUUACAAGUUAGAUACCUCUCUCCAAAGCUUGGCUCUUUAAUGAGCUGGUUGCUGUUCAGAACCAAAAUUGCCUUUUUUGAUAUGAGGAACUUCGACAGCGUUUACAUAUUUUCUCCCCCCUAAAUAUAUAUUUUUAUUACAAUUAAAUCACAUCUGUUGCCUUCAUUCGAAUGUAUCUUUUUUAAUGACAUUAAAAUGGCAUGACUGUUUAUAGCAUGACUGUUUCUUUUUUCUCCACAAUGUUUAUAGCAUUUCAUUCUGAACUUGCUGUUAUUAUUUAAACUCAAAUGUAAUUAAACCACAGACUUUAUUCUGAAUAUCUCUUCUGCAUAUGUGUAUGAAAUGUAUCUUUUUUUCAUCCUAUUUCUGCAUAAUUUUUGCCUAAUAUUUGUUCAUUUAUUGCUACAUGUUUGUUUCAUGCAUAUCUCCAAAUGUUUUCUACAAAAGUAUGACUUUCUUAUCUUUCCUGCAGAACGUGUGGUGAACUACAGUAUAUCAAAUGUAAUAUUAUGUAAACAAUCGCAUUUCAGAAUUUUCAAGACAGUAAAAAAGAACGUUUACAAUU